AUGGACGGUGUUGAAAGCAGUUUACAAGGCAAUUCUCAAAGUUUAGAUAUUCAGUUUGAGCCGUUACUUGUGGAAAAUAAUCAAGAAGAAGAUAUAAAUUCGUCAACCGAAGAGUCCGACAUUGACGAUCUUUCAAGCAAUGUCGAUCGCCUUGUAAACACAAACUGGUGUGAUUGUGGAAACUGCAAUUCCAUGACAACAGCAGAUGAAUGUGUAUGCUGUUCAGACAUAUCAGCUGUAAGCUAUUUAAUGCAACCAGAUGACUUAAACUGCAUCACAGUCUUUAUUGCCAACUGCUUAAACCGUCAUGUGUUACAAGUCAGCAUGUAUGCAUACAUGGAGCAUGUUGGUCCGUUUGACGACAAUGAACCCAUCAAUGAGUAA